UUGACUUCCUGUCCGCGGGAAAAGAUUACAGAGUGUAAUACGUAACGUUAUGGUUAUGACCAAGCUGCAGAUAUCUUUGUAACAUCGUAACUUCUGUUGAGUCUAUCUGGUGUUUUAUUAAGCCAUGCCCUGCAUGUGCGUGAAAGGACCCAAUGGAAACAGUCAAGUUGAACACGGGCAGUGACAUGCCUAUUGUAGGUCUCGGCACUUUCAAGUUACGCGGGCAAGAACUUGUGGUACAAACUGUUGAAACAGCGCUGAAACUUGGGUACCGUUCGAUCGACACAGCUGCUGUGUACCGUAAUGAGGCAGACAUCGCCAUCGCUCUGAAACAGUUCUGUCCAAAAUACGGCAUAGAGCGAAACAAACUUUUUAUCACAAGCAAACUGGCUCCAAAAGACCAGGGUUAUGCGGAAGCCAAGUCAGCAGUUUUGAAGUCCUUAGAAGCCUUUGGGUUGGAGUAUCUGGACUUGUACCUGGUCCACUGGCCAGGCAAGCAGGGCAUGCUCAGGGAGGAUGAGAGAAACAGGCAGUACAGGAAGGACACCUGGAGGGCGCUAGAGGAACUGCACCUAGAAGGGCAGUUGAGAGCCAUUGGAGUUUCCAACUACACAGUCCGACAUAUGAAGGAAUUGCUGGAACAUUGUCAGGUCAAGCCAGCUGUGUUACAGAUUGAACACCACCCAGAACUGCAACAGACUGAACUGAUAUCCCUCUGUAGAGAGCAUGGCAUUCACUUCCAGGCCUACUCCUCACUGGGCACCGGUAAACUGGUGUCUCAUUCUGCUGUCGUGGAAACAGCCACAAAAUACAACAGAACUCCAGGACAGAUUCUGCUCAGAUGGGCAGUCCAGAGAGGAGUCGGGAUCAUUCCCAAAUCCACCAACCCUCAGCACCUUAAAGACAACAUCCACAUCUUUGACUUCACCUUGGAGGAAGGAGAUAUGGGAAGACUGGACAGUCUGGACUCAGGCAUGCAUUACUGCUGGGACCCAGAACAUGUAGCAUAGUUUUGUUUCGUUUUAUUUGUUUUACCAGAGUACAUCGCUCAGGCUUCAGCCUGUUUUUCAGGACUCCCUGGACACAUAUAGAAACAGACACCAUACAAUACUUGUGAACUACACAGUCACAUAACUUAACUUAGAAAUAAGAUAACAGUAAAAGUCCUGCCAACAGUAUUACCGCAUCAGUCCGUUUUUAAAAGUUGCUUGUGUUGUCUUUUGUCUCUGAACGGCAGAGAGUUUGUUCCACAACGUAGGGCGACCUUAUCUUUUGACUCUCUCGAGUGGCAUUUCAUUGCUGCUAUGUAAAAUAAAGAUGGAUUUAAAUUUGGAUAUUCGAAUUACUGUCAAUAAAGUGCCAGCCAGACUCAGUAGUCUCAAACUUUAUCUUUUGAUAACAAAAAUGAAAAAAAAAAUUGUUGUUGAGUGUUGGUGGGUCUUCAAAAUUUAACAGUAUGAUACUUAUAGAUUGACUGCAAUCUGAUCUUGUCCAUCUUGAUAUUAUUUCACAUAUCAAAAGAAAUUGCAGACAACCCUCUGAAUAUAAUUUUCAUAUUCAGGUGUAAGAUACUAAUGAGGAAAUCUUGAAACAUUUCUAUUGUCCACCAGUUUUAAACAUCUCUUUCAUAAGUCACAUAGAUACAUGUACAAAAUAUCAAAGAAAUGAAACAAGGACAUCUUGACUCCUGUUUGUACAAAAUUGUUUUAUUGUCCAAAGCUGGUGUACAAAAUUCUACAGGUCAGCUGGACAAAGAGUUAAUGUAUCAUACAAAGUUAAUGAAAAUAGCAUCCUCUUCUUCCCCAGAUGAACUGUGGGGGGCUGUCCCUCUGUGUUCCACCUUUCUCCAUCUAUACAACACUGAAAGUUUCAUGUAUCAAAAACAGCAGGUUUGACUCGAGUGUGGUACCCAAGAGGGUAGGCCAGCUACUCUGAAAACUCACUCUUUGUGUGAGUUAUACACAGAAUCUACAAUUGUAAAGAAGCAAUUUUGAUCUAGUUCUGUGUAAUUUUGUACAUUUUUGUUGAAAGGCCUACAGAACCCAACACUUCCCAUUAAUUAAAGGGGUUGCGAGGAAGCACCAUGUAAAAUAUUUGCUGUUUCUUUCAAGCAUUUCUGGAGGACAUUAGUCUGCUACAUACAAAGGUCCAGUACAGCAGAAAUAAGGCAACCCCAAGAAAGAAUAGGAAGGGAUGUUGGUUUCCCAGAUCAGCCAAAUCUUGGGGAAAAAGUGUCAAUCUUUUGGCGGAAAAGGUGGUACACAGAGGGAAUGGCACAUUUUUUUGACAUCUAGUAAAAAGCGUCCAGCUUAAAUUACACUCAUGCACAGUUUCACUCUACAAGAACAACCUUUAACAUAAACAAUAAAAAUAUAUAUGACAUAACACAACAUGCUUGUUCAAUCAAACAUGUAACAUACGAUUCGUAAACCUGAAAUCUGUGCAACUAAUUUACAAUUCUUCCUUCUGUUUAAUACAAGUUUGCAUACAUGAGCAAUGCAGUUGACUUACUGGA